AUGCCAACUGAAAGUUCACCCAAAAGUAUAACACCGUUACGAAGAGCUAUAAAACUGUGGAAUAGAUACUUUCCUUGCGAUAGGUUGUUGGCCCAGAGGAUAGCGAAGGCAACAUGUAAUUCUACAACAGCAUUUAUUUUUGUUCUGAUACCUCAAAUUAGGAAUAGGAUAGGUGAUUCUCCUUCUCUGUUACCUUUGAUAUCAGUGAUGGUUCACCCUGGAAGGAGAGUGAGUGGCACUAUACAAGGUGCUAUCUAUUGUUUAACUGGCUUGGUCUUUGGUUUGGCUUACGCCCUUUUUGCUAGAUUUUUAGCAACUAGAUGUUUAGGAUCUGACUGGAAUAAACUUACUGACCAUGAGCAUUGGAUCGCACACCCGGUAAGAUAUGAAUCUGCAUUAGGUGUUCUGGCUCUUUUUGAGACGCUUAUGUUGCUAUUUCAUGGCUGGAUGAGAUCUGUGAACCAUACAUAUUUUGGUAUUGUUUUCCCCGUUUUUUUGGUUGUCCAUUUCACAUUUUUAGAACCUUUGUAUGAAACACCAGGUUUUGUUGCAAAAUCUUUCACUGUACCAUUUUACAUGGGUAUAGCAAUGUCAAUAGUAUGGAAUUUAAUUUUAUUUCCCGAAUUUGGUAGUACAUAUUUGGGCAAUGCCACCAUAGAUACAUUAAAUGAAAUUCAAAGAGCUAUUGACCAUUCAAUUAAUUUUUUUAUUUCAAUUGAUUUAACUAAAGAAGAAGCGAUAUAUAAUAAAGAACCAAGUCCUCUACCGAAACUGUUAAAUAUUAAGAAUAUUAUUAGUAAAAAAGUCAGCGGUUGUAAUGCAGUGUAUCAAGAGUGCAUUUAUGAAAUAUCGUACUCUUAUGUGUCUCCCACACAACUAAAUGGCAUUAUCAAAAGUUUUGAUCCUUUUGUUAUGUAUCUAAAAGGUAUCAUAAAUGCAUGCCAAUUGGAGUUUAUUUUAUUAGGUAAGGAACAGAAUGAAAAUUUGAAUAAAGGCAAUGGUUCUCCAAGUGAAGAUAAAUGGAACCCAAAUAUUGAUAAGGAAAUUGAAUACGCUGAUGCUAAGAAGCUUUUAACUAUAUUAAAGAAAAUUCGCCCUGAAGUUUAUAAUUUGCAUAAAUGCAUUAGUGAAAAUAUGUAUAUGAUGAAACUAGUAUUAGCUUAUGCUUACGAUGCAGAUUUAAAAAAAAUCAAACCAUGUUCGAUGUUUAAAGACGGUAAUUAUCCUAUUUACAGAAGUAGUAAAGACUUUCCAGCAGAUUUCGAUUUCUCUACUAAGAUUACAAGUUUAGAAUCUGCAAUAAUUAACUUUGAUUUGGGAUUUAGAGAACAACUUGUUUCAGUUAGUGAUAGUUUACUAACACCUAACGAUGAAAUGUUUUUAUUAUCUUCCUUUCUGAUGAACUUUAAGGAAGUAGCAACUUCAGUUCAAGCUAUGAUGAAAGACGUUGAGGAAAUAUAUGCGUUUAGAAAGGAAAGAGAAAAAAAAGGAUGGCUCAGAGGCAAAACAGUGUGGUUUACUUUCCUGAGAAGUUUUGACACAUUGAAAGCUUGGCUUUUGAACACUUAUUCUAAUAAUAAUCUUCUAACAGAAAAUGAAGCUAUUAAGGGCACAUAUAAUAAUGAAGGUCAAGGUGCUCAUACGCAAGCUGGGAGAUCUUUAGUUCAAGAAGAAGAUCUUCUACGUCAGAAUGUCGAAGGUGAUAUUAAUAUAUAUGGCUCGGAUAAUGAAAAUAAUGCUAGUCUUCCCAUAUCAAAUAAUGAAUUAUUAAAUCCAAAUAGAGCACAUGAAAUGAAAAGUUUUAUAACUAAAUGCAAAAGAUACUUCACUAGUUAUUUAAUUUGGUGUAAUGCGUUUUUCAAAAGAUCUCGUUCACAUUUCAGAUUUGCUAUUCAAGUUGCAACUGCUCUUCAAUUGUCUUCAUUUCCUAUGUUCAUGCCAAGUGCCCGUGAUUGGUACAUUUCGUACCAUGGUGCUUGGAUUGGUUUCGUAUGCAUUUUAUGUAUGGAACCGUCUGUGGGUGGUACGUUUUGGGUUUUUUUUCUACGUGCAGUCGGUGUGAUAUCAGGUUCAGGAUGGGCUUAUUUAUCUUAUGUAUCUGCUGUUAGCCAAACCAAUCCAUAUUUAGAAACUGUCAUUAGUGUAUUUGGAGCAAUUCCCGGUUUUUAUUUCCUUAUUGGAACACCAUAUGUUAAAGCGGCUAUUAUUCAGAUUAUUAGUAUAUAUAUUGUCAUCCUAGCAGCAGUGUAUCCUGGUGAUACUCAAGGUGGUAUUUUGGUCAAUUUUGCCAAAAGAUGUCUUGCAGUUGGAUAUGGUGGUGGUGUAUCUUUAAUGGUUCAAGUAUUUGUUUUUCCAAUAAAAUCUAGAGACAUGUUAAAUCAAGAAAUUGCAUUUGUGUGUGGGUGCAUAUCAAGGAUGGAACUUCUUUAUGCAUCUGGUUUGGAAGGUGAGUCUUUACAGACACCACUUACAGAGAAAAGAUUUAAUAGUUAUCAUACUCUCUCCAAAGCAGCUAAGGCGGCCCUGAGUAGAGCCGAUGCAUAUAAGGGUUUGACUAGACAAGAACCCAGAUUAAAGGGUCCCUAUAAAGAAAUUGAAGAUAUAUUCACCCAAAUAAUAUUUCUACAGAAACAAAUUAUUGAUAGAAUGGAUAAUGUAGCCAUGUUGAGAAUGAAAUACGGGAGUGCUGUUAUUGAAGAAUUGAACUCUAUAGUAUAUCCUUAUCGCCGUCAAGUUGUUGCUAACAUUUCAGUAUUAAUGAGAUCUUUGCAAGAAGCAUUCAUUAACAAAACCCCACUGCCUCAAUUUUUACCAAGUGCCAGAAUAUCGCAUAGAAGGCUGAUAAACAAAGUUAGAGAAACUUUGCAAGUCAAGUAUAGAGGGCAAUUAAAUAUAUUUAGGAACAAGAAAUCAAGUUCAGAAAAAAGUUCGAUCACAAGUUCUUCUAGCCUCACCUCAAAUUCUAGUGAUUCACUAGGUGAACUCGUUAUAAACGUGGAUAGAGCAAAUAAAAAAUGGAAUCCGUCAUCGGUACAUGAACAUAUUAUAAAAGAAAAUUUUUUGAGUUGGAAUGCCACUACUGCAGCAUCAGAAGAAAUUAUUGAAUAUAUUGAAGAACUUAUAAAUUUAACUAAAAUACUAGUUGGAGUUAAUGAAUUUAAAUAUGGGUUCUUAUCAAGACCUCUAUAUGUUGAUUGGGCUGUACAGGCAGUCACUGGUUUUGAUGAUUUCAUCCAAGGUAAAACACAGACUCAAAAACCAUCUCGAUCACAAACUCCAUUCCAAGCAGUUUCAUCGCUCGCUCAGGAAACUAUUCCUGAAAGUCUAGGCUCUGAGUUAAAUGAAGAAAAUAAUUUAUAUACGGAAAAUUCUGUUAUUAGUGUCAAUGCUGAUGAACCAAAGCCUUAUACUAAAGAUGGCAAUUCUGCAUUCCCUUCUAAUGUGAUUCUUGCACGUAUUGCAUCAUAUAAAGGCAGUGGCUCAUCAGCUUUUAGAAAAAGAAUUUACUCUAUUGGAUCUCCUUCAGAUACUGACUAUCAAGCCACCUUAUUAUCAAGGAAGAAAACAAUUGGUGACGUGGAUUCUGAAUAUUAUAAUACUGAUAAUGAGUACAGUUCAGAUGAAGACUUACCGUUAGCACUUAAAAAGAUUAUGAGCAAUAAAUCACGUAAAUAA